CACAUACACACAUACACGUUUUUCACUUUUAUUAUGUGCAUAGAUUAGAAGACCUCCUCCAAGAUGCUGACUUCCUCGGAUUUGUAUACAUUCCAUUUGGACUGAAUCAAGAGGGGAAGAAACUAAAUGGCACUUCAAUCUUAGGCCUUUGCAUCAUGUAUGCAGCUCUGACCUUUGUGUCCUUCCUUCUGCUGGGUCUGAACUUCCCUAAAGCAAAAGGCAUGUGUUACUUGACUGAACAGCACUGUGUGUGUUCCCUGUCAGAUAUGAGGACAUUCUUUACUUGCCUCCCAGCCACCACAUAUGAACUUCGGGGUGGAAACCUAUCUCAGUUCGCUGGCUUUUCUAGAACUGAACUAGAUGCAAAUGAAAUAGCCUUUCUGGAGGCUUUGCUGGUAAGCAAGCUGAUCUUUACAGACCUUAUUGUGCCAGAAGUUUCCUUGCCAGUAGCCUUGAAAGUUGUUUCCUACACACCUCUGGUCUCUGAACUGGAGUUUGUAAAUUGUACUUUCCUUAAAUCUGCUGACCAGCUUGGUAUAGAUGGGUAUGACCUAAAAGUUUCUUCUCUGCGCUUCCACAAAGUGACAGCAGCUCCCUUGGAUGACAGACUUGACAUAUCCAGCCUGCAAAACUGGCUGGAGAUCUUAGAAAACCUGACAGUAACAGAGUCACAAGUCACAUCUAUCCCUUGCAAAAUUAGCACAGUGUUGAGAGCGCUGCACCUUUUAGAUCUUUCAGGAAAUCAUUUCCAGGACCAGACUCUAGAGACAUCAUUCUGCAAAGGUGCUUUCUCACAACUCCAGGUGCUAAAACUACAUGGGAACAACCUCAGGUCUUACGAAACAGUGUGCCAGAUUCUUGCUCAUCUCAACCGGCUCACUCACUUGGACCUCAGUCAGAAUGACUUCCUGCCUGGACCACCUUUCUCUUCCUGCUCAUGGCCUCAGUCACUACGUGUCUUCAAUUUGUCCAGCACAGGAUUAGAGCACAUGGAUAGAGCUCUGCCGCCUAAUAUUGAAGUAUUAGAUCUGAGUGCCAAUCGCAUUUUUAUCUUAGACCUCUCCAUUCCUGGGCUGAAAGAGCUCUACUUGUCCAACAACAGGCUGUCAACCAUCCUCUCAAUCAAGAACCUUCCAGGUUUGGAGGUCCUCAGUAUAGAUCAGAACCAGCUCUCACAACUCCCUACCAAAGACCUCCUGCAUUGGAAACACCUGAAGAGCUUAAGAGCUGGACUCAAUCCCUACAACUGUUCCUGCAAACAGACUAUCAGGGAGAUCCAGGGUCUGGCCACCCACAAGGCCUUGCUGCCUGAUUGGCCUCACGAUUACAUAUGCAGGUCUCCUCCAGACUACCAGGACUACCUUUUGGAUGAGGUGCCUCUCUCAUUGCUGCAGUGCAACAAGGCAGCAGUGGUUAGACAGGGCUCAAUAGUCUGCUUGCUGAUGUGUCUUCACCUGGUCCUUGGUUUGGUCUCACUGCCAGCAUAUAGAAGCUUAUUUAUUGUGCUGUAAACAUAGCAACAAAGAAGAAUGCUUUGUUUAGGGAGAGCUGAAGCUUUUGAAAUAGCAAACUUAAUAAGUGUUUCUUUGCUGGAGAAUAUUCUAUGUUGAAGCAGUUUUAACUAUCACUGCAAAUGUGCCUUCUGCUGGAAAAGUUUUACUUUUAAAAAGAAAAUUGCUUUGGAGAUCAGUUUGAAGGGCUUCCAUCAACCUCCAGCUUUAUUUUUUCCCUAAUAUAUUUUUUACUGAUUUGGGGAAAAUAAACUUACGAAUCCCUACCUUUUCACUCAUAAAGCAUAGUGUCUUGGUUUUAAGUUCACAGUUGUGAAUGUUAAUGCUAUUAUAUUCAUCAUGCUCCAAUUAGUUUAAAGGAAAGAAAAUGGAAAGUAAAAAGAUAGGUCAUACAAUGAGGUAUUGCUUCAGAACAUUCUGUGUGGAUUCAUCAGUAUUAUUACAUGCGUAAUUUAUGUUAAACCAAAGAGAUUAAUAUUUUUAAAACAUUGGAUAGACGCGUCCAGCUCCAGAAUCUUCCAGCAUACAUUUAAAAUCCCAACUAUGAUACAUGAAAGUAUUGCUUUCAAAGUUGUCUACAGAUUUGUUGGACUGAUGGAGCACUUCUACCUUUUUGGGAACUGUGCCAAUGUUAACGGUUCCCAAAGAUUGGUGUAUGUUUUUAGUUGAUUAUGUAUUUUAUGUAUUUCUGUAUAUGUAUCUGUGUUUUUAAACUUUUGUACGCCACUUUGAAUCCUACCCAUGGGAAAAAGUGGGAUAGAAAUGAAUAAAUAAUAACAGCUGAUAAACAUAGAAUAUUGUGGUAGAGCAGUGGUGAGGAAUAAAGAAUGGAAUAGGACAUUCAUUUUACCCUAAUUACAUAUCAUGGCACUCCAUAGGUCUAGUUUCUUCUCCUGAAAUAAAAAAAUAAAUUUUAA